AUGGACGCUGGCGGGUCGUCGCAGGGUCGCAAUCGUCGCUCGGCGAUGCUCCCGGUGGUGUUCGCCCUCGGGAUUGUCGCAUUGUCGUCGGCGCUCCUGUAUCUGCAGGAAGCCGGCUCGCUGGGGAGGGGAGGAGGCCAGGGCAGCAACGCCGCUUGCGCCGUGUGGGAUGACAAGGUAGUGCCUCUAGAUGAGCAAAUGGCGCAUCUAGACCAACAGCUGGCUGCCCUCACAGAGAGCAUCAGGGCUCACCAGCAGGCGUUGCUGGAUAGGGAGCAGGUACCGUCAGCUGCCACAGAUGCUGACGGGGCUGGUGCUGGCGCUGACGUGGCGUUUGGCGAUGCUGACCUGGCACGGCCGGCACGGCGAGUGGCUCUUGACCUGGUUGAGAUCAUCGGCAAGACGCACCUGGACGCCCCGCGCCUGAAGGAGCUGAUAGAGCCCAUGGCAAAACGCGUGGGCAAGUGGGUGCAGGACAAGGUGCAGGACGCGUGCCAGCCCUGCCGCCCCUGCAACUCCACCAUCGUCCUCGUGGGCAAGCCAUGUCGAGUCAACGCCUUCCCCACUACGUGCCAAAGGAGGCUGUCCCCUGCUGAGGUGGACGACGAGGAGGAUUUGGAGGGACCGAGCGAUGAUAGGGUGGAGGGAGAAGGGGGGGCAAGGAGGAGGAGUUUAUUGGGUUGGAGUGGAGAUGAUUUGGAAGGGCCGAGCGAUGAUAGGGUGGAUGGGGAGGGAGGAGAGGUGGUGGGAACAGGAAGAAGGAAUCUAUUGGGUUGGAGUGGGGAGGAUUUGGAAGAGGCGAGUGAUGACAGGGUGGAAGGGGAGGGAGGUGAAGUGGUGGGAGAGGGAGCAGGUAGAAGGAGUUUGUUGGGUUGGAGCGGAGAGGAUUUGGAAGGUUCGGAUCAUGAGAUAGUGGAGGGGGCGGGAGGGGGCAGCUACGAAGGGAGAGUAAGAGGGGAGGCAGAAAGAAGGGAGCUGGAGGAGGUGGAAGGAGGGGAGGUGCAAGAAGGGGACCCAGAGGAAGGGGAGGCGGAGGGGGGACGAGCUGGUGGGGGAAGGUCCCUCUUGCAGUGGGGGGCCUGGGGGGGGAAGGGCAAGGCGGGCAAGGGAGCAAGGGAAGGGGAGAGUGUGUGCAAGCCUGUGUCGCCCUUACACGCCAUCCUAGCAGCGGAGUCCGUGGGGGAGAGGAGGCGAGUGGUGAGGGAGCAGGAGGAGAGCGAGAGGAAGCGGCCGCUAUGUCGGGAUGGCACCGCUCCGGGUUACUGGAAGGACUACAGCACGUGGGAGCCGUACGCCUGCCGCUACAGGGAGUACAGCAAGAAGGAGGUGCGGGCGUGUCUGCGCCACAAGUGGGUGCACUUUUUCGGGGACUCCACCACUCGUCACCUCGCGGCCGAGUUCUCCCGCCUAGCAGGCGUGCAGCGGCGAGCGUGGGACGCAGAUAAGAACCGCACGGCCCUCAUGGACACGGGCGAUGGGGAUGAGAACUCCCCGCUGCCGAGGAUUACUUAUCUCUUCAGAGGGAAGAUGGCGCACCAACGCCACCCCAUUGCUGGGGUGCCCCCAGAGAGGGAUCUGAACAACGACUUUCUUGAAGCGUUCCGAGACCCCAAGGCAAAGCAGCCGGACACCAUGGUGAUGAGCAUCGGCGCACACGAGGUGAUCGGGUGGACGAGGCGGCCCCCGCCGGACUUGGACUUGCGCACGUUCAAGCGCGACACAGAGGAGGCCAUUGCGUUGCUCAAUGGCACCUUCACUCGUGGCCGGCUGGUGUGGUGGAAAGCUCAUUACAUCUGGCCAGGGAAAGUUACAGGGCAGGAUUAUUUCACCGUGCGCACUUUCCAUGAGCUCUACCAGGCAUAUGCGUUCAGGCGCAUGGCGCAACAGGGGUACACCAUGAUGGAUCUUUACCAGACAACUAAGGACAGAUACGACCAAGUCUUUAGAGGGGAUGGCGCGCAUUAUGGAUGUGACGGACGCUUGCAACAGCAGCGCGAGCAGACUCUGAGUCAAGCACUCCCCCCCUCUUCUGUCUGCCAUUCCCAGGAGGACUCCCCUCCCAGGGAUGUGACGGACGCUUGCAACAGCAGCGCGAGCAGCGACAAUGCUGGUCGAACGCACCGCAACGAACACAAGGAACGGAAGGAGCGAAAGGAGUGGAAGGACGGGAGUGAAGGAAGUGAGGCGUCGGAGGGAAGGCACCGGGGGGAGAGGAAGGAGAGAAAGCACGGAAAAGAAGAUGGAAAGGAGGAUGGUAAGGGGAGCCUGGGAAGCGAGGGGUCACAUGUGGAAGGGGAGGAGGAGAGGGAGAAGAGGGAGAAAAGAGAGAGGAAGGAGAGAAAAGAGAGGAAGGAGAGGAAGGAGAAGAAGGACGUAGAGGAGAGAAAGGAGAGAAAGGAGAGGAAAGAGAAGAAAGAGAGGAAGGAAAGGAAGGCACAGACGCCCAGAGCAGGGGAUUUGAUGAGUCAGAGGGGAAGAGGGUUUGAGGUUCCUCCUGGGGAGCUUAGGAGGACCAGGAGUGGGGAGUCUCACCUGGAUAGGGUGGAGGAACAGGAGGAGGGAAAGAGGAGAGAGAAGGAGAAGGAGGAGGAGAAGGAGAAGGAGAAGGGGUGGAGGGAGGAUGGGGGGAGGGAAGAGGAGGGAUCGAGGGAGAGAAGAGGGAGAGAAAAUGGUGAGGUGGAUGGGGUGAGUGGAAAUAGCAGAGGUAUGGGGAAUGCGUAUGGUGCUGCUGGGCCAGCAGGGGCAGCAGCAGGGGUAGCAGCAGGGGCAGCAGCAGGGGUAGCUGCAGGGGCAGCAGCAGGGGCAGCAGCAGGGGCAGCGGGGGCAGCGGGGGCAGCAACGGAGCUUCUCCCUUUCCACGCGAAACGUGGGGGUGAGUUGGAGGAGAGGGAGAGGAGAAUUCGCGAGUUGGAGGAGGGGAGAGCGGCUCUGGAGAGUGAGAGAGCGCGGGUGCAGGAGGAGGGGCGGCGAGCUGAGGCAGAGAUGCUGCGGUUGGUUGAGCAGAAGGAGGGUUUGGAAAGAGCUCAGGCCCGGUUAGAAGCAGAGAAGGAGCAAGUGGAGAGGGAGAAAGAGCAGCUGGAGAAGGAGAAACUGCAAGUGGAAAACGAGAAGCGGCUAGCUGAGGAGGAGAUGGAGCGAUCGCAUGAGGAGAUGAGGCGAGCGGACGAGGAAAAGAAGCAAGCGGAGGAGGAGAAGAGGCAAUGGGAGGAGGAGAAGCAACAACUAGAGGAGGAGUUGGAAUACCUGACUCGGGAGCUGGAAACAGAGCAGGAGAUCGCAGCAGAGGCUGCUGAGAUGGCGCAGCGGGAGUGGGCGGCGUGGCAGGAGGCGCUCCGCCAGCUGGCAGAGGUGGAGCGCUUCUCUGGCUUUGACUUGAAACCGUCUGAACCAGGUCCUGGGCCAGAAGCACCGCACUUGACCGCUUUCCCAACCUCUCAGUCGCUCUCUGCCGCCGCUCAUGCUGCAGACCGGGCUCACAACCCCAGCUCCCACCAUCCCAGGCGCGUAGGCCCGGCGGCGCCGAAGCUGGACGUGCUGGCUCGGAUCCGAUCCGCCACGUUCGUGCUUCGCAACAGCAGCAGCCUCUCAAACACCCCUCUGGGAACCACCCCUUUGGCCUCCCCUGGGUAUAUGGCUAAAGGCUCGGGGUUCUCUUCAGGGGGAGGAACAGCAGAGGCAGCACAGGUGGCAUCUGGCAAGGGCAUCAACACCGCCUCUCUGCCCCAGUCUGCUUCCGUCCCCUCUGCUGCCUUUCCCCUUUCUCCCGUGUCCGAUGCGGUCUUGUCCGGAGGGGGGGCAGCAGUGGGGGGAGAGGAGGGGUUUGAGUACUGCGGGGGUCAGAGCAAGGCGUGGAGAGCGGUGCACUGCGGUGGCUUUGUACACGUGCUGCUGCAGCUGUCGCUGGUCGGCCAUGUUGCCGCCGCUGCAGCCACAGCCGCAGCUGCAGCAACACCAGGCACACCAAGCGCAGCCGGCACAGCGGGCAAAGGGAGAAGCAUUGCUGAGGAAGGGACAGAGCUCAUAGAUUUCAGUAGUGGCGAAAUAUCACUAAGCAACCGCACUACCACUGGCAGCAGCAGCAGUGGCAACAGUAACAGUGAUGGAAGAAAGGCUCGGCAGGAGGCUCGGGAUCAGGCUUCAGAGCAGGCUCGGAAGCAGACUCGAGAACAGGCUCGGGAGCAGGCUGUGGAGCUAUACGUGCUGCAGCUACAGGCGGAGGCGCUCAGGGCUACAUCCGAGGUGCUGAGGGAAGAAGCUGAUGUGGAAUGGAGGACUGUGAGGCGGCUGACAAUGGAAAGAGAAGAUGCUGAAGAGAGGGUGGCUGGGUUAGAAGCCACUCUCGUUCUAUUCACAAAAGUCACGGUUGAAGGAGACUCGGUUCGAAUGGAGAUGGUUGGACAGGACACGGUCAAUGCUGAUGCCUUGGCUGGAAAUACUCGGGUGCCAGGUGAGUCAACGCAAGUCAACGUGCUUGACCAGGCGGGUCAACGCAAGUCAAUGUUUCAUUCUGCCUUCCUCAUCAAAUCAAAUCUCCUUAUCUGCACUUAG